AUGACCAGCGCAGUGUUAAGCCAUGACGUAUAUAUGAUCUCGGAUUUUUCCCAACUCCGCGAUAUCUCACAAACAAUUGACGGCGCUCUAGCUACUGCCGCGACACUCGACAUAAUCAUUGCCCUUGCUAUGUGCUAUUACCUGCUGAAAAUGAAACUCGUUGUCAUCAUUCGGUUUAUCCUCAUUUCCGGACUCGCAACGACUGCAUGUUCGUUGAUAAUUCCUCAUAACAGGUUUUCAUUCAUGAUACCAAAAGUGUAUAUUAAUUCCUUACUGGCAAUGUUCAAUGGACGGGAGGUAAAAGAGAAGCAAGGAGGUUCAAGCUCGGACUCAGUGCCUCAUAGAACAUUCAAUGUUCAUGAUGAAGAAAGGAUUAUCAACACGAUACCGCUUUCUAAUAUUGGCCUGAGUACGCAGACGUUGGAUGAAUCGGUUCAUGAUCAAUCGAAGUUGGAGCUAUAUGUUCAUGGUUCCGAGUGA